AUGUAUGAACAAGGCCAUGUUUUGUCUACAAGUGCCAUAACUUCUGAGUCAACAAUAAAUGCACCUACUGAGUUGGAAAAUGACUUGAAAAUCCAGGCAGCAGAACAAGAAAAGAACUUAGGCACAAUUGAGGAAGUGGAAGAAGCGGAAGAAGAUGCUGAUCAGAAGGAGCAAGAAGGAGGGGUUGCAACGUUGCAGAGGGCAAAGGCGCAUGCAGUAGGAAUUGGACCAGCUCAGUGAAAUCAGAUUGUUGACAAGCACAAUGCCCUGCGGAGAGGAGUGCAGCCACCGGCAAGCAACAUGCUGAAGAUGAGAUGGAAUUCGGCUGCUGAAGCGAAUGCAAAACGCUGGGCAAGCAACUGUAAAUUUGCUCACAGCCCAAGUAACCAAAGAGUUGCCGAUGGCAUCUCAUGUGGUGAAAAUAUAUAUGCAUCAUCUCACGCUACUCCAUGGAAUGACGUGAUUCAAGCUUGGUACAACGAGGUGAAAGAUUUCAAGUACGGUGAUGGAGCAGUCCGUCCAGGGGCCGUAACUGGCCAUUACACUCAGGUGGUUUGGCACAAGUCUCACCUAAUUGGUUGUCAUGAUGCCCAUUGUCCUCAAAGCAGAAUGAAGUACCUCUACGUUUGCCAGUACUGUCCUGCAGGGAACAUGAUGGGAUCACUUCAAACCCCAUAUAAGUCUGGAUCACCUUGUGGGAACUGCCCUGGCUCAUGCGACAAUGGAUUAUGCAUUUUGAUCUUAAGCUCCACUAUGUCAACUAAAAAUGAAAAAGUCCCUGGAGUUUGA